GUUAAAAUUUGUAAAGCAUGUAUAAAAUUUACUCAUAAAAUCCUACUAUAUAUUAAAACUGUAGUUGCUAAAGUAUAUUUGUUGAAACAAAAAAAAAAGAUCCUAAACAAAUAUUUGUUCUAUAGUAUAACUAACUAAAUUUAAAAAUAUUGUGUAGGGAAACUGUAAAAACUAAAAAUAUAUAUAUUUGAGUGAGAUUAUCUAUUUAAUUAUUUCAAGUUCUGAAUUUAUUGUACUGAAAUAGAUGUUAUCUUUUUAUAUAAUAACAAUUAAGAAUAAAUUAAAAUGUAUAUAACAAAUCUUUAUAUAUCAAUAAUAUCAAAUAAGCUCUGGUUUCCAUUAUUUUGUCUUGUUUUUCAGACAUGUAAGAUGUGUAAAAUAAAACUAUAUAACCUAAACUAAAGUUGAUUACGAUCAACUCUAUGUGACACCCUUAUAGGCUCUAAUAAACUUUGCCAAUAUAAUUAAUGUCACGUUUAAGCUGACGAGGGAAUCCAACGUAGAAAUAUUAUUAGGUCUGUUGAAAUAAAUAAUGGCAUAAUGGGAAUAUUAUAUAUCAAUGAUUGAUUGGUUUGUUUAAACUCUGACUACAUGUGCUAAAAACGGGUUUAUACUGCUAAUAUUUUAUGGGAAAAUAGUGAUAGUCUCCCCAAACUGUGUAAGUAGAAGGCAAUAUGAAGUCCUUGCAUGUAAACAGUAGUUUACUUUUAGUUAUUUAAUUACAAUUAGGCUUGUGCACAACAGCACAAGUAUUUAUAGUGGUGUGUACGUAUAAAUAUUUUUAUACUCAAGUCCAUGAACCUGAAAAUUAAUUACCUUUGCAAAUUAGUUUGGAGAAUCCAUCAAAUCAAAUAGAACAUGUGAUUUUAUAUGUUUACAUGAAUAUCCGCGGGUUGAUGUUGGUGAAACAAAAUUCAAAUCCACCGAAAGUAUUAUGAGUUUCCGGGUAAAAGCUUCAUUAAAUUUUCAGAAUUAGGAUUGUUGUUAACGGAAGAUAUGAGGAAACUUGGGAAAUGAUAAUAUACAACCAUUGAGAUAGAACAAAACCUGUUACUCUAUCUCCUAAAAUAACGAAAUUAUAGUGUCAAAACUUCAGUAACUAGUGUUUUCAUUAACACUAUUUUUCAACACAAGAUCUUGAUCGUUCUAACAACACACGCCUUCGCCCUCUCUCUCUAAAAUCGACAGCUCAAGAUUAAAGAAUGUAACAGAUUCAUACACACAAAAAAAAAGAAUGUAAAAGAAAUAGGGCACACGAGACAUAAGAUUUGAUUACCCAGUGUUUUCGGGUAUGUAUGAGUUAUUCAGAAAAUCCAAUAAACCAAAGAAAUAAGUUCUCAAAAUCAAGAAAUGCUCGCGAGGAAUAUGACCAUUCCUAUCAUGUUAAUUAACAGUGACGACUACUUUCAACGACUCUUAGGCAGCCAUUGUAAUCUUUAAAACCCUGCAAUGUUUAACCAACCGUGUUACGUAUGCAUAAACUGUGAGUUUAGUCCUCUUCUCAACAGAGACUAAAAAUUUGCAAACCAAUCAGUGAAGGGAAUAUAUUCUCUGUCUCACUCAUCGCAGCAAAGGCAAAGAAAAAAAAAGACGAAGAGAGGUGGGAGUGAGCGUGUUACCUACGCGCUGAUAUCAAUUGGUUCAUGAAUCGGUGAAUCUAACGGUCCAUACGCCUUCAACGCAAAUCGCCGACAAAACUAACUACAAAGUGGGACCAAGGACUUAGGCAGAUUCACUGUCUUGGUCGUUUACUGUGUUCUUUUUCCAGCACACCGUAACCCGUAACAAAUCUUUGCUUAUAGGAGCUAUGCAGAUAGAUAGGUUUGCAGAUUUAAACCGAACCGAACCAAAAUGUUUGAUUUAGUUUUUCGUCUGGUCAUGAUUUCGGUUUAGUUUGACAAUUUUGAAAAGUUUGGUCGUCCAUUCCUUUCAGUUGAUUUGUUCAUUUAAAAAAAAUGAUAAAAUUAUACCAAUUUUAACCAAAAUUUCUAACCUAAACAAACCAAAUUAACUCAAAUUUCUAACCAAACUAACUAAAAAAAUUUAAACCAAAGGAACCAAAUUUUAAAAGUGAUUUUCGAAGAGUCCUAUAUAAUACAACUACAACUUGAUUUUCUUAUGUGAAAAAUUGUCUUUCUGAUCAUCAACAUAGUGGAGCUCGAACAUCUGGUGAUCAAAACCUCAUUUUCAUAAAAGCAAAGAAUCAUUUUCCUUGCAAAAAGCCUCCUCUCUUUCCCUUUCUUCUUCCCCCACGCAAACUUCGAGAAAGAAAAAAAAAACAAUACUAAUUCUACAUUCACAAGACAUGAGAGUCCCUGCUUCAUCGGACAGUAACUCAGGAGGAAAGAAUCUUGUUGUCUAUGACGAGCCCACUUCCGUGCUCGGCCUCCGUAGAAGCCCAACUCCCACAACGGUGGAAGAGAAGCCACUCGUCUCGGCCGCGAGUGGUGGUGAUAAUCAAUUUCCCUCAGACGAUCACGCGAUGCGUUCCAUGGAUUGGGAUUCAAUCAUGAGAGAAUUAGAAUUAGAUGACGAUUCUACCCCUAACUUGAAACCCAAUUUCCCUCCGCCUGCCCAUUUCGCCGUCGUUGAUCCACCGCUUCCAGGCUUUCCCGAUCAGCUUAAUCCUGCGGAGUACGGGUAUGACAACAACAACGAAGGAGGAGGAGGAUUUGAUAUCAUUGAAGAUCUCAUCCGAGUUGUCGACUGUGUCGACUCGGACGAGUUGCAGCACGCUCAGGUGAUAUUGUCACGGCUCAAUCAACGGCUGAGAUCUCCUGCGGGUAGGCCGCUUCUGAGAGCAGCGUUUUACUUCAAGGAGGCUCUCGGUUCGCUUCUUUCCGGUUCGAACCGGAAUCAAAACCGGUUAACUUCAUGGACCGAGAUCGUCGAGAGAAUCCGAGCAAUCAAAGAAUUCUCCGGUAUAUCUCCGAUACCUCUCUUCUCUCACUUCACGGCGAAUCAAGCAAUCCUCGACUCUCUCCACCAAUCUUCCUCGCCGUUCGCUCACAUCGUCGACUUCGAGAUCGGAUUCGGCGGUCAGUACGCGUCGCUCAUGAGAGAGAUCGCCGAGAAAUCAUCAGCAACCGGCGGAUUUCUGAGAGUCACGGCGGUUGUACCGGAGGAAUCCGCCGUGGAGACGCGUCUCGUCAAAGAGAAUCUCGUUCAGUUCGCCGCCGAUUUGAAAAUCCGAUUUCAGAUUGAUUUCGUUCUGAUGCGAACGUUCAAGAUGUUAUCAUUCAAAGCGAUCAGAUUCGUGGAAGGAGAAAGAACCGUCGUGUUGAUUUCUCCGGUGAUAUUCCGCCGUUUAAACGGAAUCUCCGGUUUCGUUAACGACUUACGGCGAGUUUCACCGAACGUCGUCGUUUUCGUGGACAGCGAAGGAUGGAACGGAAUAUCCGGAGCUGGAUCGUUUCAAAGAGAGUUUGUUAGUGGGUUCGAGUUCUACACGAUGGUGUUGGAAUCUCUCGACGCUGCCGCUCCGAACGGUGAUUUGGUGAAGAAGAUCAUAGAAGGGUUUGUGCUGCGGCCUAAAAUCGCGGCGGCGGUUGAAGCAGCAGCGGUUAACAAGAGACAGGGUGGUGGAGAGAUGACGUGGCGGGAGGCGUUUUGUGCGGCGGGGAUGAGGAUGGUUCCGUUAAGCCAGUUUGUCGAUUUUCAAGCUGAGUGUUUAGUGGAGAAAGCGCAAGUCAGAGGGUUCCACGUGGCGAAACGACAGGGAGAGUUAGUGCUUUGUUGGCAUGGAAGGCCUUUGGUUGCCACGUCAGCUUGGCGGUUUUAAAAAAUGAACCGGGAGGUUGGGUAUAGCGGUAUAGAAGUAUUUGGCUGGUUGGUUUAUUAUUAUUUUGAAUACAUUAAAAUAAUCUCUGAUUUUAGCAUGGAAAUAAAAUAUUUAUUUAAAAAUACAAUAUAUAUGCGUUACAUCGAAAUGUCACUGUUCAGAUAUGGAUCUACUCGGUGUAGGUUCUUUUUUUUUCCCAUCAAAUUUUGAUUUAAUAAAAAGAAACGGGCCAAGCCCAACGACCGAAGCUCAAUUACAAAAAUCCACACUAUUAACGGACAACCAAAAACAAACAAAAGCCGAAGUCCAAAUUGGCUACACCCAAAGCCCAAACCCUCGAGCCCAACACCGACAUGCUCUGGUAUGCGUGCGUCGACGAGGCUGAAGCAAGACACGUGUGGAGAUCCUGACCGUCAGUGCACCACGCGUCGCUCCGCCUCGAUCUAACGGUCUCCGCCUCACCAAACCGCCGUACCCAACCGCUGAAACCCUCGUUUCGUCGGAGCUCUUAAUCCCUUCAGGCCUCCACCGAAACCAAAUCUCUUCUUCACCUUACUGAAACCUUGUCGGAGAGCAUCAUCCCACUGUAGAGAGCUCAUCCAACGGCGAAGCUACAUAACCCUAGAUAUCACAAGCCGAGAACCUCUUCCGCUCCAUGACCAGAGUCCAUACUCGAGCAAACAAACAACCUCGAGAACCUGAAGCCGGCGACGUAAGGCUGACGGAGCCUUCACCUCCCGGAAACUUGAGCUGACAACGGCGAAGUUGAAGAAACUUCCGCCUCUCAGCGACUAAAUCCGGCGUCGGCGGAGCUAACUUAGCCUCCACCUCCCGGAACCGAAGACACAAACAUCUUCACCUCUCCGCUCUUUCAAACCUCCGCGUCUUCACUCCAGUUACAGUAACACCACAUUAGGUGGCUGGCCAGAGCUCAGACAAGGCGGAUGCCGUAAGAAUCGAGGGUGAGACACAAUCGGGAACUUUUUGCUGAAGGAUGACGGUCUCCGGUGACGGCACGCACGCUCACGCGCCGACCGUUCGCCGGAGAUCUACUUACUCUACUUUCGACUUCUUUAUUUCUCUCUUUCUCGUACUCGGUAUAUGUUCAAUUUUUUUUCUUAGCGCUAAUUUAGUAUGACAUUAUAAUUAUGAGAAAUAUUACAUAGACGAUUUGACAACCGACAAUACUACCUGCCUUAUGAGGAUCUACGCCUAACUGCAUCACCUGAACCGUCCUAUGAAAAUCCACGUCUGACUGGAUUUACCUUGUACCAUAUUGAAUAUCCAUUGUAAGCAUUUCUUCCGUAGUCUGCAGUAAUAAAUCGCUCUCUCCGGGAUUUGAAACCUGGAUUUCCUGUAUUCUGCAAUAAAUUGCAUAUUUUGGGAUUCGAACCCCAAACCUGGAUGUAGAAAACUUUAAACCUUAACCAUUAAACUAUUGUGCUUCUACGGUGUAGGUUCAAAUUAUUAUUGGUUUAUGGUUAGGACCAUCUUCAGUAGUUUCUCCAUUUUUUUCUUCAAAAUAAAAUAUUUUUUUAAUACCAAAAUAACACACAAAGAAUAAAAUGACCAAAAUAGAUUGUUUUUUAUAACAUCGUACUUUAUUAAACUUAACUUGAGUGUACAUGAUUAGAAUGAAGCAGAGUUGUAAUAAACAUUGGAACAUAAAAAUGAUAAAUAAAAGAAGAUCUUGAAUGUUCCUUUGCCAACUUAUCCGCCACACGAUUUGUUUCUCGAGGAAUCCAUUGCAUCUUUGAAUCAUCCAUUUUUGUCUGCCACCAAUGUAUUUCCCGUGUCCAAUUAUAUAUACCAAAAUGUAACACUCUGUUCUGAAUAAUGUCAAUAGCCUUUUUGCAAUCACUUUCAAUUAUCACCUUCUUAUAUCCUUUACCCCAACAAUAUUGUAAUGUCAUAAGUAUUGCAUGCAUUUUACUCUCAAGCGGACUUUGAACCCUUCUUCCUACACAUUGGACUGCUCCCAUAUAUCCUCCUGCAUCAUUCCUUAUUAUCCAAUCAACUCUACUCUCAAUCGUAUUUCUCAAAAAAGAUCCAUCCACAUUGCAUUUGAUCCAACCCUCCGGUGGUUUUCUCCAAAACUUAUGACCUGAUCUAAUGUAAGGAGAAAAUAUCCUAAAAUUAUUGCACUCUGAAACGUCACAAGUAUUAUUCGUCCAUUCCAUUGCAUCACUUUUUGCCAAUUGGAUCAAUGUCUUUCAAUGCAUCUGUUUUUGUUGAAAUAUAAGAUGAUUUCUAAUUUUUCAUAACCUCCAUAAUAUUCAGAAAGGUAGUUCCUGUAGAUGAGUCAUUCCAGCAAAACAGCAGGCAAAACAAGCUUCUAACCUUUCUUCCAAAGUAGCAAUUGAGCUAUUAAGAACCGUAUUUGCUAUUCUUGAUCCCCUCCAAACCAUCUUUGCAUAAAAAAAGAUGAAGUUCUGUUUCAACAUCAUGGCAACAACGUUUACAGAUUGGAUGCUGCAUGACAUGUCUUCUUUGUAGAUUCUCCCCUGUAGCCAGCGACUUAGCCAAAAGUUUCCAAACAAAAUGCUUAAUCUUUGAUGGCAUUUUUGUUCUCCAUAUUUUCUGUUUAAGCUGUGGAUCACCAAAUGUUGGCAAAAUCACCGAAUUUGUGGGUAAAUGAGUACUGAACCAAUAGCCUGACUUAAUAUAGUAUAAACCAUUCUCAUUGUAGUGCCAUCCCAAUAAAUCUUGCUUUACCUUUUCGCCGAGUUUGAGAAUUACUAUAAUACUUCAAUCUUUCUCCGUUACAGCCUCUCUCAAUCUCUGAUAAUCCCAAUCAGUCCUGCUCCCAUUAAAAAAUGUAUUAAGUUUGGCAUCAUGUAUUGGUUGGACUCUUGCGUGUGGAGGUCGUGGAGGAUGUACAGGAAGCCACGGAUCAGUCCACAUAUUAAUUAAAGAACCAUCACCCACUAUGUACAUCAUCCCUUGACGUACUAGAUCUCUUCCAUAUAGUAUAGAUUUCCAAGCAUAAGAUGAUUUCUUCUUCAAUGUAACUGUUAGAAUAUCAUCAUCACGAAAAUACCUAGCUUUUAAAACACGAGCCAUCAAACAUGUAAGAUGUUGCAUGAUUCGCCAUACCUGCUUCCCUAGUAAAGCCUGUUGAAGUUCUCAAGGUCUCUGAAACCUAGUCCACCUUCACUUUUUGUAAUAGAAAUCCGCUUCCAAGCAUACCAGUGUAAUCCCUUUUUAUCACCCGAUCCCCACCAGAACCGCGCUAAAACACUGUUUAUUUCUUCACUAAUUUCCUUUGGCAACGUAAACACAUUCAUGGAAAAUUAGGCAUAGCAAGCGCAAUUUAGUUAAGCAAAACCUCCUUUCCACCAGGCGAUAGAUGUCUAUGCUUCCAACUCUGAACCACCGCUUUAACUUUAUCAACAAUGUAAGCAAACAUAUCACUUUUCUUAUUUGUAAAUUGUUCUGAAAGUCCAAGAUACUUGACAUGGCCACUUUCAUUGUGAAUCCCUAAAAUAUUCCUCACAUUUGUUUUAGCUGUAGCUCUUACAUUUUUCCCGAAAAUGAUUGAUGACUUGUUGAGAUUGAUGGCUUGCCCUGAGAUAUCUUCAUACUACUUAAAAAUUCUCUUUAGAUUCCUUGCAGCGUUUUGAUUUGCCAAAGAGAAGAAAAGAGAAUCAUCAGCAAACAUGAAAUGAUUAACUGGUGGCGCUUGAUUGGCAAUCUUGACUUCCAAAAGAGACUGAUCUUCCAUAGCCUUUGUCAUUAUGUGAGAUAAGACUUCCGCACAUAAUAUGAAUAAAUAAGGCGACAAAGGGUGUCCCUGUUUGAUACCCCUUUCUGGCCUUUAUGUCCCUCUGGUGAGCUAUUGAUCAAGAUUGAAAAGUUGACUGUUGUAACGCGGAUCAUGACCAAGUGAAUCCAACGAUCAUCAAAUCCCAUAUGCUUCAUUGUUUCAUUGAGAAAACUCCAUUCCAACCUAUCAUAAGCUUUCGUAAUAUAUGUUUUUACUGCCAUGUAAGAAGUUGAUUGCCUUUUCCUUGACUUCAAGCUAUGAAAGAUCUCAUGAGCUACAAUAAUAUUAUCUAAAAUCACUAUACUGGGGAUAAAAGCAGUUUGAUUUUCAGUAAUAAUAUUGCCAAAAUGACUCUUCAGUCGAUUAACCAACACCUUAGAGAAGAUCUUUAUGACACAUUGCAUAAGGCAAUAGGACGAAAUUCAGCCAUACCAGUAGGAGGGUAGACUUUAGGAAUCAUGCAAAUAUUGGUGUGGUUAUGUUGAUGAUCCAUACUUCCUUCAUUGAAAAAUUCAUACAUCUCCUGCAUUAAAUCGUCUUUAAUGUCCUCCCAGAAUUUUUGAUAGAAAACAGCAGUAAAUCCAUCAGGCCCGGCACCUUAUUUGGAUUCAUUUGAAAUAGAGCUGUACGUACUUCCUCCUCUGUUAUUUUACCUGUGAAAUCCUGAUUCAUAGCUGGUGUUACCCUUCCCUGGAAACCUUGAAAAAUGUCAUCAUACUGUCUCUGAUGUCUCUGGUCAACUUGUUCUGAGGUGAGGAGCUUUCGAAAAUAUGACUCGGCCACACUAGCAAUGUCUUUAUGUCCUCUGCCCACCACCUCAUUCUCAUCUUGUAUGGCAGUGAUCGUCUUACGAUUUCGCUUUCCUUGUGUUAUACCAUGGAAAUAUGUGUUAUUACGAUCAUCCGACAGCAACCACAUGGUCAUACUCUUUUGUUUCCAAUAUAUCUCCUCAUCCAAGUAACCUCGAUUGAGAUUCUCUUUGAUGGUAUUUCUCUCUCGAGUUGAGAUUCCUGGAGCAGUCAUGGCAUUAUCUAACCUUCGCCUUAGAAUAGAUAUUCUUUCGUGUCAUUUCCCUUAGUUUGGACCAUAGCUACUGGUCCAAGAUCAGUAACAUGUCCCAUGAUAUCUGUUUCAAUAACAAAUAAAGAUUUACUUUAUUAUAAUAGUUAACAACUAUAUAUAUACAAAAGGUAAAAAUCGUUGUGUACACAUACCAAUUAGAAAAUGGGGUUUCAGCUUUUCAUUACCAAUCUCCUCGUAGUUAGCCAGAUUAAGGAAGUGAUUAUCAUUCCGAUAAUCAGAAGGGGUUAUUGAUGUGUCUCCUAUGAUUAUCAUCUUGUACUGCUGCGUUGUAGGUCGAUAUUGACCCACUCCUACCCCAGUUAUUUUCACGGUGUCAAUGACUUUCCAUUCACCAACACGUAGUUUGGUCAACCAGGACACACUCAAGAGUAUCUCCUCCAUAGCUGGUGGUUUGUUUCCAGGAAUGAAGCAGUUUCAGAGUGAGACGCCAUUCAUCUCGGAACGGUUUGAGAUCCUUAAUAAGACACAUUUUUCUUACGUUUGACAUGUUUGCUGUGAGACCUCGAUGUUAAAGUAUUUGAAUGUAGUCUCAGUAUAUAUAGAUGGGUGAAGAAAUAUAGAUUAAGCUGUAUUUAUGGCGAGGAUAUAUGUAUCACCGAUAUUUUCUCCUUUUUGUUUUUGAUGAAAUCAUAUAUAUUGUAAUAUAUGUUAUUCAAACUUAGAUACUUUUGAUCUUGUUCACGCGAAAUAUUUUCUCAAAUUAAGGAAGUUCUAUUUAAUUGGAUUUGUAUUUUUAUAGUAUCUUGCUAAUCAAUCAUUGAUAUUUCUUAAAUAUUUUCAUCAUAAAUCGUUAGGGUAUAUACUUUUUGUUCCUAGUGAUGCUUUUACGUGGGGAGAAGGUAAUCAUCGAUGUGUUACACUGAAUAAGAUCUUAUACGAUAAGAAUGAGAUAUUUAAGGUAACUAAUUUUUACAAAAUUCAAAUCGAUGGGUUUUAGUAUAAAUGGAUUUCGAUGGGCUUUAGAUAAACGGGCAUACACAACAAUUUAAGCAAACCCUGUUUCCAAACACAUUUAUAUUUUAAACUCCUAUCCAUGUUUCCAAACAUUUCCAUUUUGUACUUGAGUUUUAAUAAGAUAGAUAACUAUUAAAAUAAAGUGUAGGUUUAUAAUUUAUAAAUAUACGGACUCAAUUGUAAAUAUUUUUGUUUCGAGUAGGGACCUGAAAUCUCAGGCUCCACUUUAAUUAGAAGUGGAUAGAUCAUGGAUGGACCGAACCGAACAGAAACUAAAUAUCGAACUCUUUGAACAAAAGUAAUAAUGUGAUAAUGUUACUAACUACUAACUACAAAUCUUUGGUCGAAUAGCCUAUGCAGGUUAUAUGAUAUAGAUUUCUAAUUGUUUUUCUUAUGUAUUCUACGUGCGAAACGAUCGAGGCAAGUGAAUGCAUCACGUGUAUUUUGGUUCCAUACCACUAUAUAAUAAUAAGGGUUGAGGAAGUAAGCAGCCAUAUGCAAAGGAUAAUCAAGACUCCUUUCAUUUUUUCAUCAAUAAUCUUGAAUACACGUUGAUAUUUCUUCUCCAAAUGGUCAGUAGCUUCUUUAAUAAACUUCUUAGCUUCCCAAAACUCACCAUAAACAAACCCAAGAGAUGGUAUCUUCUCUCCAUCAGCCAACCGAAGAACCUUCACCAUAAGGCUGAAUACUUUUAAAAUAACCAUGACACUAUUCCAAAAUAUAUAACUCAUCACAGUAUCAGAUGCAGUCUUACCCUUCACAAACUUGAAAUGCUUAAAAUCAUGCCACUCAUCACUGUUGAAUAUGUUCUUUAAUUGCCCCUUUUUCUCAUAAAUACUUUGUAGUGUGAGGAAGUAUGUUGCAAACCUUGUUGCUCCUGGCCUCACAAUAUCCUUCUUUUUUGUAUAUGUUCUCAUCAUUGACAAGCGACUUAACAUGUCAAAACAUGUGACCAUUUCACAUGUGAGUAUAUCAAAAGUGAGUAUAUCAAAGGAUGCUUCCAAAGAAAAAUGUGAGUAUAUCAAAGGAUGUUUCCAAAGAUUCUUCUUUUUUGUCGUGUGAAGCCUAUCAGUACGUGACCAUUUCUUUCACACGACAAUUCUUUUUCUUGUCAGCUUAACACGACAAAACAUAGUUUCACACGACAAAAUUUUAAACUUCCAAAGUCAAGCUAACAAAUAAAAUUAAAAAAAUCAGUACAUGUCCACUUCCAUUCAAGUAAAUCCUACAAAUUAUUAACUCAACAUUCAGCAAAAUCAAACUCCAUUAACCUUUAAAAAAACUUCUCAACUGAACUAUAAAAUCUGAAAAGUUUACAGUACGAGUAAAAACUUCAAUAACUAAAGAAGUGAAUGGUUUGAAGUUUAUUACCUUGAAUCCGGUACAAGAAGAAUUUGUAACAAGUGGACAAUCUUGAUGCACAGUGAAUUACUUUGUAUUCACUGGAUUGAGGUAGAGCAAUUGACACUAGGUUAACAUAAAUCCCCAAUUUCACUGCCGGAAAAGAUAGAUAAUGGUUUGAACCUUUUUAUUACUAAUAGUUUUUUUUAUUGGGCCAGAUUGUGUACAAAAAUAAUAUGAUCAAUUUUUUUUAAUCUAAACGUUUUACCUAUUCUACGUCUGCAUAAUGUUAAAAUACGGACUGGACGUGCAUAACUCGGUCUAGAGUAUAAUGCAACUGUAUUGGUUCACUAGCCAGGUGAACCUGCGUUUAGCGAUUAUACGGAUCGCCCGUGUUUUCGAACAUGGCUAUAUAUAUAUAUAUAUAUAUAUAUCCUAUGUUUUUGUGAACAGAAAUAUAUCAUAUUUAUUAGUUAUGAGUUAGGUACAAUCACAUAAAUUAAACCGAACAUAUAUUUUGUUUGAGCUAAAUCUAGAUGGUUUACUGUGAUAUAUGUUUGUUUCCAUUUGUUAUCGUUUUGAAAAUAUCAUCUAAACGUACAAGAUAAAAGUAUCAAGAUAAUGUAAAAUUUAAUUAAAAUACCAGAAAAGAUGACCGACUUUCAACACAUCAAUCCAUGAUAUCUUGACACAUAUCAUUCUAUACUCCAAUGUCGACUUCAACUUUGAAAAGUACCCGUAGACACUGGCUUCUUUAAACUUUAAUAUCAAUCCGUAUUUCCUAAAAUUGCACCAAUCGCGUUUUAUCACUUCUCGAUUCCACUUUUUGUUAAGAAUAAAUUGCAAACUUUGGACACAUAUAUACGCACAUAACAUAUCCCUAUAUAUAAACAUGUCGUUGUCAGUUUCUUCAUGGUUAAUUUGACAGAAUCUGAACUUUAUGUAACCAUUUAGCUCACACACUUGAGAGACACCAAGCAGGUACAAAACUUUGAUCUGCUGAGGAGAUAAGGGACAUGGGACAAUUAGAACCAUGAAUCCUAAGUUGCUGUUUCUUAGAACACCCAUAUCAAUAACAAUAUCUCUAAGAUUUCUAACAGUGAUUAAUUAUAAUAAACAUAUUAACCACAGGUGUUUUGAGUAUCUUAACUUGUAAGAAAAUUACCCCUUUUUUUUCAUUUAGCCAAUUUGAGAGAUAUUCUCAAAGAAAAUGUUCCUUUUUAAUUGUUCUUAGGUUUACAGUUUAGCUUGGUAUGAAAAAAACUAGUGAUAAGGUUUUAUAUAUUAUAUUUGCGCUUAUAUUUAUGCAUGUUUCUAGACAUGGACAGACGUCAUAUAUUGUCUGAAUCUUUUUGAUUCAAAUAAGAAACUGAUAAUAGUAAGAUAUGAAUAUCAAGAUAUAUUCUAGCUAGAGUCAAUAUUGGACCGUCCUAAUGUCAUAAGCUAUCCAAUUUUGUGGUCACAUGAGGUGAACCCACAUUUAUUUUAUUACCUAAUUGAGUUCCAUUUUAUCCGAAUAUCUUUUCUAAAUUUUGGCAAAUAUUAUCUUCGACCCUUAAAAUAUUAAAGUUUUUAUCGUCGUUUUGUUUUUGUUUGUAUAUGAUGUGCGAAUGCGAUACCUUUAGCCGUUAGUUUUCUAAGUCAUGCCACUAAAUGUGGUAGAUGAUGAUUAAAACGUUCUUAAAGAAAACUCAUUAUCUAUACAGGUUCUAUUAUAUAUUUAUAUUACGUUGUAUAAUUAUUGGUGUUAUUAAUAAGGUUUUUCUAUUGAAAAUUAAGUAUUAGUUUUUCUUAUAAAUAUAUAUGUCCACAGUUCAUAUAGAAACACGUACGUACCAAUCUGACCAUAAGACAUGCUUUAGCUCUAUCAGGCUAUAGAUUCCAGUGGUUCGUAUUCCUUUUUUUUAUUAUUAUUAUGACAACCAGUGUCCGUAUUCUUGUCAAUAAAUUAUCUACGUGCUUGUUUCUUGUACUUACGUAUCACACUAUCUCAUAGGAUUUGUAGAUAUAACUCUUUUUAACCAAGUUUUCUUAGUAAGUAUUAAUUUUUUUUUGGUGUAAAGUAAGUAAAUAUUAAAUUUGCCAAUCAAGUCGUGCACUGCAGAAAGAAAAUAAAAUCCUCCUAAUCAAUAAUUAUUUUUCUUGAAACAAUAAUUCUUUUUUUUUUUGAAACACAAUAAUUCAUAUCAUGCGACUAAACAAUAAUGAGCAACGCAAUCUU